UCUCAACCGCGAAAACUGACACAGCCAGCUCACGAUCACAAGCCACUCAGAUUUGGGGUUCAUUUAUUCUUUCAUUUCCAUCUGCGCCCAAACCCAUCUGAGGCCAAUUUGCUAAGCCACCGUAAUCAUCAAUCUUGUCGUUUUACCUUCGCGACUCUUUUAAACUGCACCGCUCAGGCGCCUCUCUCUCCAGCCAAUGCUGCCCUCUUAGCAUAAGCAGAUCGAUUUUGCAUUUAGCUCAUAUCCUCUCCCUCUCUCUAUGCGACAAUUUUUUAUCAGGGAGAGAAGCGCUUGUUCCCCAAAGCCCCCCGUAGAUGGCUCUUCAUAGGCGGCGCCACCACUAUUACAACCGCCUACGUUCUCUGCUUCCCCUUAUAUCAGCCGUUUCUGGAGUUCUUCUCAUCCUUUUCGGUCUCCUCUCCAUUCUUGCCCCUUCUCCUACCGAUUCAAAUAAUUUUCGUCACCCUCGCCGUUUCUACUCGUCCAAUGUUACAGCUAAUGUUGCGAUUGGAGAACCAGUUUUUCGUGUGCCGCGCACCGGAGGGAGAUUGGGUCAUGAUAUUUGGAAUUCAAGAAACUCCAAAUUCUACUAUGGAUGCAGUAAUGCCAGCAAGAAUUUUGCAAAUGCUGACACUGUUACCCAACGUGACCGAUAUGUGCUGAUUGCUACAAGUGGAGGCUUGAAUCAACAGCGGACAGGGAUCACUGAUGCUGUUGUGGCUGCCCGAAUUCUAAAUGCUACACUUGUUGUUCCAAAGCUGGACCAGAAAUCCUUUUGGAAGGAUGCAAGCGAUUUUGUUGAUAUUUUUGAUGUUGAUUGGUUCAUUAACUCCUUAUCAAAUGAUGUCAAAAUCAUAAAAAGUCUCCCAAGAAGGGGAGGCAAAACUUGGACUUCACGUAACAUGCGUGUGCCGAGGAAGUGUAGUGAGAGAUGUUAUCAAAAUCGUGUAUUACCUGUUCUUUUGAGAAGGCAUGCAAUUCAGCUGACCAAGUUUGAUUAUAGGCUUGCAAACAAGUUGGACACACAAUUGCAAAAGUUAAGAUGUAGAGUUAACUACCAUGCUUUGAAGUUUACAAAUCCUAUUCUUGAAAUGGGCAAGACAUUAGUCCGCAGGAUGAGGAUGAAAAGCAAACAUUUUAUCGCCUUGCACCUUAGGUAUGAACCUGAUAUGUUGGCAUUCUCAGGAUGCUAUUAUGGUGGUGGUGAUAGGGAAAGGCAAGAAUUAGGUGCCAUACGGAAGAGGUGGAAAUCUUUACAUAUCAAAAACCCUGAGAAAGAAAGGAGGCAUGGAAAAUGUCCUCUCACUCCAAAGGAAGUUGGUCUCAUGUUGAGAGCUUUGGGUUAUGGCAGUGAUGUUCAUAUUUAUGUGGCCUCUGGAGAAGUAUACAGAGGGGAAGAAUCAUUGGCUCCUCUAAAGGCACUCUUCCCGCACUUCUAUACUAAAGAGACUAUAGCCAGAAAGGAAGAGUUGGAACCAUUUUCUUCAUUUUCUUCCCGAAUGGCUGCUCUUGAUUUCAUUGUUUGUGAUGAAAGUGAUGUAUUUGUUACUAACAACAAUGGUAACAUGGCUAGAAUGUUAGCUGGACGGAGGAAGUAUUUUGGACACAAACCUACCAUUCGUCCAAAUGCUAAAAAACUAUAUCGUUUGUUCUUGAACGAAGGUAACAUAACAUGGGACGUGUUUACAUCAAAAGUGCGUAGUUACCAGCGGGGCUUCAUGGGGGAGCCAAAGGAAGUUAGGCCAGGCAGGGGAGAGUUUCAUGAGAACCCACACACCUGCAUCUGUGAAGAUUAUGAGGCCAGGGGAAUCAAAGAUUCAGGUCUUAGAAAGUAUGGGAAGGGGUAUAAUGUAACUGGAGAGGGUAGCACAAAUGAUGAUCCAAAUGUUGAUGAUGAGCCAGAACUUCCUGAACCUGAUAAUGAUGGUGAUCAGGAAGGCCUUGAUUCACUUAAUGUUACAGGGUUGGAUUAUGAGGGAUUCGACUCUGAGGAGCCAGAAUUAGAAGAAAUAGUUUCAGACUGAGCUGCACUGGGUUUCUGUCAUGUGCAAUUAAUUCUUUUCCAAACUUCAUUUCUAGUUUGGGUCUUGGUGUUGCAUAUGAUCAGUGUUGUUAAUCAUCUGUCUGUAUAUAACACUGCUAAGAGGGAGGGAAAAGUACCCUCAAGGGAGCAUCAUCUCAUGCAUCAGCAAGAUAUGGGCAUUGAAUUGAGGAAUAUAAAUUUCAUGGAGCUUUCUGCCUCAUUUCUGUGAAAUUCAAGAAAGGGAUAUGAGACGGGUUUUGGAGAUCGAAUUUUGGAAUUGAUCUGCGUUUAACUGCUUGUUGAGAUGCUGAAGGGCAUGGUAGUUAGGCCCCUUUAUUUGUAAAAUAGGCAAAAAUGAAAAUGGCCGAUAAAAAGAAGAGAGGGCGAAGGAUAUUGUAGUUGAAAUAAUUUUCUGUUGUGCUCAUUUUAUUUUUCUUUUAUUUUAUUGUGUCGGAGGAAAAGGGAGGAACAGAUGGUAAAUCUAGUAUGUUCCAUUUUUGUUUAAUGAGUGAAACAACUAUCCUGCUAAGUUGGACUCUUCCACUGAAUAUCAAUAUAUUUUGCUGGUUUUAUGCGAGAA